GAGAGAGAGAGACGCGGAGGACGCGCGCGGCACAGGGUAAACAGUCGCGUGUCCUCAAGCGCUGAGGGAGGGACAGAGCGGAGCUAACUGCCAGAGAGAGAGAGAGAGAGAGAGAGAGAGAGAGAGAGAGAGCAAGCGAAUGAGGAAGAAGCCUUGCGACGUCGCCUCACACUGUAAUAGUGGAUUGUACUUCAGCUGGAGCGGCUUGGCAGGUUUAAACACAUCAAAACAGAACAAAGAGACGAGAGACGCUACAGCGCUAUAAAAGAAUCUGCAAAAGAAAAGAGAAAAAGGGGAUCGGAGAAAGAGAAAUCUCAGCGGCCAAAUGACAAAAGAAGCGAAGAAAAAACACGGUUAAUAUCUUUCCAUUCGGUGACGGUGCAUCCGUUUGGACGGUUUUAUGGACAAAAUAUCACCGUGUUCCAUCAGCAGAAGUUUACUUACGGGGCAAAGUUUUUGUUUUUGUUUUUUUGUUUUUUAAGAUUUUUUUUCACUGAGAAUUUUUUUGUGUGUAUGUUUUGUUUUGUUUUUUUGUUUGUUUGUUUGUUUGUUUUUUAAAGAAAUUCCAAAAACAGCAUAAGCGACAACAUAAGGAAGACUGUUUACGACUUCAGAGGGCUUUUGGACACUGGCGUAGAAAAUAGGAAUUAUCAUUUCUAUUCAUUAUGUCUGAAUUGUACGAAUAUUCAAACUGCACAGUAUAGCUUACGGAUUUUUUUGGUACAUCCUAUACCUGUGCACUGUAUCCUUUUUCCUGGCAUUUGUUGCUUCGCACUUCGAUGGUGUUCGCCCCAGAACCCAACUCAGACUUUUAAAGUUUGAAUAAUUCAUGAGAUACAGUUUGCUUGCAACGAGAAAAGAGCGCGAGAGAAAGUUUCUGCAAGAAAAAAGAAAAAGAAAAGGGAGGGGGGCUUAAACAACUGCUGUUCAUAAAAUUGGCGGAAUGGCCACGGCGGCUUCUAAUCCGUAUCUGCCCAGCAGUAGUAUAUUAUCGUCGGGUUCGAUAGUGCACUCGGACUCAGGAGGUGCGGGCAUGCAGCCGGGCGGCGGCGCGGCGACCUCGGUGUCCUCCGGCGGCUUCCGAGGCGAGUCGGCGGUGAAAAUGGUGCAGAGUGACUUCAUGCAGGGGGCCAUGGCGGCAGCGAGCAACGGCGGCCACAUGCUGAGCCACGCACACCAGUGGGUGACGUCGCUGCCUCAUGCGGCCGCCGCAGCCGCCGCAGCCGCGGUAGCGGCCGCCGAGGCCGCCUCGCCUUGGUCAACGAGUCCGGUGGGCAUGGCGGCCAGUCCGCAGCAGCAACAGUCUCAGCAGCAACAGCAGCAGGAUGUGAAGAGCAGCACGGCGCGCGAGGAUUUGCACACUUCCAGCACGCUGCAUCACCGGCAUUUAGGUCCGCACCAGGCGCACGCGGCUCCCUGGGGCGGCGCCGCAGCUGCUGCACACAUCUCCGCCAUUACCGCGAGCCAGCAGCAGCAACAACAACAACAGCAGCAGCAAUCGCUCAUCUACUCACAACCCGGUGGCUUCACGGUAAACGGCAUGCUGAGUGGCGGCCAAAGUCUCGUGCACCCUGGGCUGGUGCGAGGCGGCACACCUGAACUGGAGCACGGCGCGCACCCGCAUUCUCACCCUCACCAUCAUCACCAUCAGCAUCACCAUCACCACCACCACCAGCAGCAUCAGCAUCAGCACCACCAGCAGCAGGGUCACCACGGCCCCAACAGCCACGAGGCUCACUCGGAUGAAGACACGCCGACCUCGGACGACCUGGAGCACUUCGCCAAGCAGUUCAAGCAGCGGCGCAUCAAACUUGGCUUCACGCAGGCCGACGUGGGCCUCGCGCUCGGUACGCUUUACGGCAACGUGUUCUCUCAGACCACGAUCUGCCGCUUCGAGGCGCUGCAGCUCAGUUUCAAGAACAUGUGCAAGCUCAAGCCGCUGCUGAAUAAGUGGCUGGAGGAGGCCGACUCGAGCACGGGCAGUCCGACGAGCAUCGAUAAGAUCGCGGCACAGGGCCGCAAACGCAAGAAGCGUACAAGCAUCGAGGUGAGCGUCAAGGGCGCGCUCGAGAGCCACUUCCUCAAGUGCCCUAAACCGUCAGCGCAGGAGAUCAGCACCCUGGCCGACACGCUGCAGCUGGAGAAGGAGGUGGUGCGCGUCUGGUUCUGCAACCGCAGGCAGAAGGAGAAGCGCAUGACGCCGCCCGGAGUGCCCCCGACGCCGGACGAUGUGUACUCGCAGGUCGGCAACGGACAUUUUUUAGUAGAUUACUUAAAAGAUGCAAGUUUAAACGGGCCGAGCGAGGCGGGCGACCAGAAGGUGACAACAACCACACGUUCGUUCCAUCAGGUAAUUUUGGCGCAUUGACAUCAAGUUGGAAAAUUUCGAAAUCAUUUGAAAAUGAAAUGACACCCCCCUCCCUCCCUACUACCCCUACACACUCUUGUUUAUGAGAUGGAACCGAAAGCAGGUCAAUGCAUGUAUUGAGAUGGGACGUUAAACCCUCUUUAAAAAAAAAAAAAAAGAGGGGGAUGAAAUUCGACAUCGAAGAAGAGAACAGCAUCCGCGACGCUUCCGACUUAUUUUUGCAGAGAAGACUGCACGUUAUAAUAUAUUUUCGUUCCUUUCUUUUUUUUCUUCACAAAAGACACGGAAUGGGAUUUUUCGCCUUGCCUUCCAGACCUUAUAAACACAACAGACAAAAAAAAAAACAAAAAAAAAAAGAAAAAAAAGGAAAAAAAAAAAAGAACCUUAAAGACUGCUCACAUUUUCAGAUCUCUAAGAUCAUAUUUUGUGAACGUUUUUAUGUAAAGGACUUAACGUCACACGGAUGUUUUUUUGUUGUUGUUUUGUUUUGUUUUUUGGUUGUUGGGUUUUUUUGUUUUUUGUUUUUUGUUUUUUUGAAGACAAUACAAAAAAAAAAAUCAAAGACAGACGUUUGAAAAGACUUUACGGUUCCUCAGCUGCACUUAUUUGAAAUCCUCUGCGGGAGCUGUGGAUGUUCUCCAUGCUGCCAUUUCCAAGCAGUAUUCUUUGGUAGGUUUUAAUAAACGAGACUAUGUAAAGCCGGCAAUAUAUAGAUUCCUUAGAUCAGAUGUUGAUCGGAAUUAUUUACUUUAUAUUUUCAUUCAAAUGCUUUGUUUUAAUAUUUUAUUCGGGAUACAUAUGAACUAUUCUAAACAGUAAUUUAUUUCCCCCCCGUUUCAGAACUGUGUAAAAAUGUUCUCUUCCCUGAUUUUUAUUAUUUUUUUUCUUCGACUUUGUUUAUUUGUUUCGUUGAAUUUUUUUUGUAUGUUUUUUUGUUUUGUUUUGUUUUGUUUUUUUGAACGAGCACAAAUCAAGAGCAGACUUUUGGCAGUCGAUAACAAAGGGUAUUUUGAUGUGAUGAUUUGAUUGUAAUUUAAUUUUUAGUAGUGAUUCCGUAAGAGAUGAUUGAGAACAAUAAAUUUGUUAGAAUGCAGAAAAAACAAA